AUGGAGGCUAAGAAAAAACAUAUUGUGAUAAUUGGUGGCUCGUAUGCUGGUGUAUGGGGUGCCAAGACAAUCUGUACAAAGUUAAAGGAUGAUGUUCGUGUCACUUUAAUUUCUCCAAACACUUAUGCUUACUUUAACAUUGCAGCACCUAGGAUUCUUGUUGAGCCUGAAAAAGUUGAAAAAGCCUUAUUCUCGUUAUCGGAUCUUUUAAAUAGGUUCUCCUCAAAAAUUGAAUUGCUUGAAGGAAGAGUUGUUAAGGCUGACUUGGAAGAAAAGACAGUACAUUAUACCACCCAGAAUGAAACCAGAACAGUCAACUACGAUUAUUUGGUCAUAGCGAGCGGUGUCAGUAUGGAAACCAAUUGUCUUCAAAAUGAACUCGAAGGUAAACGAGUGGUUGAAGAAAUCAAGAAGAUGAACCAAGAAAUACAGCAGGCUAAAUCAAUAGUUAUUCUUGGAGGUGGACCUACCGGUGCAGAGGUUGCAGGAGAAUUGGGAUACUACUAUGGGCAAACAAAAGACAUUACUGUUAUAACUGGAAAAACUGGACCAUUAACUUUAAUGGGAGAAAACGCUUCAAAGAAAGCAGAAGUUUUGAUGAGAGAACUAAACAUAAGUGUGAUUAAUGAUGUCAAGUAUACCUGGUGUGAGACUUUGUCUAGCAGAACAAGAGUCCAUCUUGAGAACGGUACUUCUAUGGAGGUAGAUCUUGUUAUCAACACCGCCAUUUGUAAACCAAAUACCGACUUUUUGGAACAAAAAUAUGUUGACGAGAAGGAAUAUUUAAAGACAGAUCAGUAUUUUCGUCUCAAAGACCACAACGAAGUUAUUGGUUUGGGAGAUGUUUUGGCUAUUGGAGCAAGAAGCUUGUUCGAUUUGUUGCACUAUCAGAUUCCAACUUUUGCAACUUUUGUCAAUACGCUCUCAGACAAAAACAAAAACCAAUUAAAACCAUAUCAAAAGCCCAAGCAAACCACCGUAAUACCCAUCUCAGAAAAAGGCGGAGUUGGACUUUUUUAUGGAUGGCAAGUUCCUAGCUUUUUGGUGAGGUUGCUGAAGGGCCGAGAUUAUAUGUUGGGGCGUGCUGAAAAUUACUACAAGUAA